ACCAAAAUCUCUGUGUUACUUGGCGUUACCACAGUUGACAGUGAUUUAACCUAGAUGCGUGCUGUACAUGUUUCAUUUUAAUGUAUAAGUUGUCAGUGAUGAUUGUCAGUUCAACGACGAACGUUUUGGCGGCUUUCAUAUCGUAACGAAGCUGCAACAGUUUAGCUUUGCGAACAGUGCUGACAUUGUCUUGUCACCGGAAACACCGAAGAGCUUGUUCUUUCGCGAUUUAAUUACAUUAAAUAAUAAAGUAGUUCUGAACGGAUGCCCGCGUUUUCGUUAAGAUCAACGUUGGCUUACAACAAUUUAGAUUUCAUUGGUCGGCGCCAACAUCGAAUAUGGAUUUAUGUAUAACAAAUAUCUUCGAAUCAGUCCUUGAAACCUCGACGAAGCGACGAUUUUUUCAAAAAGAUAGAAUUAAUUCUCUUUCUCUGAGCAGUGAUUAAUGAAACCGUGUAAAAAAAAAAAAAGAAUUUGGCGUCUGGAUAUUAUGAUACAUAUUGGUUAAAUUUGUUUUUAAUUUUGGCAACAAUUUUCGACAAGACGCGUCUGUCUAUCGUGUAAUAGUUUUAGGCACGACCAACCGAUGAUUGCAACGAUGCAAAAAUUUCGAAUCACGAAUUUCAAAGAACGAUUCGAAAAUAGUUCAUCCGGCGGAGGAGAGGGUAAUCAAAGAGGAUCAAUGGCGGUCGAUAUCUUGGACGAGGACCACUUCGCUGUGAGUGCGAUCGUCACCAUCGGUAUGCAGAUUAUAUUUUUCACGAUCGCUGCGACCUUCCAGCUGGACAAAUUGACGGACUUCGCCGGCGGCAUGAACUUCAUCAUCCUCGCCCUUCUCACAUUCUUUCUCGGCCAAGUGGGCAAGCCUUACGACAGUCGGCAGCUCAUGGUUACUAUAUUCGUCUGUUUAUGGGGUGUGCGUCUGUCCGGUUAUCUUUUAUAUCGGAUUAUCAAGAUCGGCCGCGAUAAGAGAUUCGAAGAUCGCCGCAGCAACGUAAUUCGUUUCGCUGUAUUUUGGACAUUCCAGGCUGUAUGGGUGUACGUCGUGAGUCUACCGGUAAUUAUCAUAAAUUCACCACGACACAAAAUUCCUCCGGCUCCCAAAACUAUGACAACCUUGGACAGCGCUGGUACUGGCCUCUUCGUAACAGGACUAUUGGCCGAGACGUACGCCGACCUUCAAAAGUUUUCCUUUAAACAAGAUCCAAUAAAUAAUGGCAAAUGGUGCAACGACGGUCUAUGGCGAUUAUCCAGGCAUCCGAAUUAUUUUGGGGAGAUAGUGGUAUGGUGGGGCAUUUUCGUAAUAUCGUUAAACGUAAUCGAAGGCGCCGAAUGGAUCGCUAUAGCUUCCCCAAUUUUUACAACCUUCAUCAUUCUAUUCUUGUCUGGAAUGCCUCUGUUGGAAAGAGCUUCCGACGAAAGAUAUCGCGACAAUGCGGAAUACCGUUAUUACAAACAAUCAACAUCGCCGCUGAUACCCAUACCGCCGUCCAUUUACGUCGAGGUGCCACACUUCUUGAAAUGCUUUUUUUGCUGCGAGUUUCCGCUCUACGAUUCGUUGGACGUUAAACCUCGAGCUGCCGUUACCGAAUCAACGUCGAUAAGCCUCGCCGCGUCCACGUAGCUAUAGCCACACGCCGGACGUCCAAAUUCGGAAUCCGGCGUGCAGUCGAACACCACGGCCAGCACAGCCUUUUGAACAGGUUGAUUCGACUACUCGCGUCUCACCAUUUGAGCGAUUUUUUAAAAAUUAUCCUGCUCGCUUGAAAGUGAGAUUUUUUCGAACGAUAGCUGUGGAAUUCUAGUCAAAAGUUCACGUAUCGAAAAACAGUUGAUUUAAAAUGUCUUUCAUUGAAAUAUUACCUUUGAGAAUUAAAAUAUAUUUAUUUAUGUCUUAUUUUUACAGUCUUUUGAUUGUUGUUAUUUCUACUAUGUACUAUUGCAUUCGUUAGAUCGCCAAUUUCGGCGGCACAAAGUGACUUACAUAUUUAAUGUAAGGGAUCAUUGAUUUUUGACGUCGGUCAUAUUUACCGUUAGUUCAUUAAUUGUACAAAGCGCAAUAGAACUUGUUACGAUUCAAGAUGGAAUUACUUAUAAAUAGUCACUUGAAGCGAUGCAAAAAAUGCAGAACAUGUUGUCAAAUAGAGAAGUAGAAGUGAAAUAAUAAUUACAACUGCUGUGUGUAUUACGAUAUUUUGAAGGUACACAGAAAAAGUCGAGAAGAACAACGUGAGAAAAUUUUAGAUUUUUACAUUGCAAGUAUUAAAUUUAAUGGUGAACAAAACUUAUUUGGCGCUUUUUGCUGAAUUAAAGACAAUGUUAAUAAAAGUCUAAAAUUUAUAAUAUCUCGAAAACGAAUUGUAAAGGACACUAGGAAGUAUACAAAAUGUUUGAAUUACCUAAGGAAUUAGGUUCGUAAUUACACUACCUCGGAUAUGAUGCUUUCGAUCUAGAAGCGAGUUUGUCGUAAUAUUUAGAUUAUUAGUUUAUAUUAACCCUUUAUUUACUGAACUUGUCAAGAGUUUUUGGUUACACAUAGUUACACGGGACUUAUAAGUCCCGCCAGUAAAUAAAGGGUUAAUAAAAAUUGCCGAAGUAAAUGUGCGAUACAUCUAGAAACUAAAACAGCUUUAUAUAUCACAGGAAAGUUUCCAAUAUAGAGGUUAAGGAAGUAGAUAGUAUAUAAUACGCACUAAUCGUUAUAAGUUUCACCUCUGUUUUUUUUUUGUUUUUUUUAAUUGAUAUCAAUUGUACAUUUUUUUUGUAAGACAUUGUUUAUUAUAUUUUAAAAUAUUUUUGGACCAAUAGGGACCAUAUACAAUGCUUAUGUCUACUUUUACAUAUCUAGAAAGCUGGUUUCACUGAAGUAAUCUGUCUGCAUUUUAGUAGUAUAUCUAUGUGUAACCAGAACCAAAUCCAAUAUUUUAAAAAAGUGGAGCGCUGUCUAUAUAAUGGUUUUCUACAUACGAACAUCUCUAUUAUUAUAACAUACAUCUUAACCUAAUUUUGAUAUACGUUUCAGUCUACUGAUUUGCACACUGCAUCAUUUGUUACCAUAUUCGCUGUUGUAUAUGAGAUACUUAAAAAUUAAAUUAUAGCAAUAUAAAACAUAUCCCAGUAUCGAGUAGAACAUUGUUGAAGAGAAUUCAGCGAUAAUUAAUAAACAAAGAAUAUUAUUAGCUGUAUUCUUUUAAAAACAAUCCACUGCGAGAGUUACUUUCUAUCGCAAAAAAAAUGAUCAAAUCGGUUACCUGUUACUAAUUUUAAUGUUUCAAGAAAGAAUACAGCUACAGCUGAAGAUUGCGCCAAAUUAGAAGUAAAAUGUUACGUUGCGAGUGAUCCUCAGAAAUCGUUUCAACCCGUUUGUUGUUAUGUAAACCUUCAGAUUUUAGAUAAUAAACAUGUUGGUUCAAUUUUGUUUUAUCAUUACUGUUAGAUAUCAACCGAAAUUAGGUAUAGAUCCGGUUGCUACAUCGUUGGCGCUGAUUUGCCCCUGGUAUGCGGCAACCUAUGCUAGCCGGUUUGUUGGUUCGGUUGCCACCUCGUAGGCGCAGAGACCUAUCCUUGUCGCACGCUGUUGCGUUCUCUCUCGCACUCACGCGAUUAAGCUUCGAGGUGUUGACCGCGAGAUGGCGAUACCUCUGUUUGCCAGAUUUUGCCCCCUAAGAUGACCAUAAAAAUGGUAAAUAAAAAUUGGAAAUACUUCUGGGCAUGCAAUAAUAUUAAUUAUGUGGAUAAAUUAUAACAUAGGGAUAGGGGUUGAAAUAAUUUGACAGACUGGUAUCGCAGCAAUAUCGUUUGUUGCCCCAUGAAAACGUAUAUGUAAUGUUGUUUACGAAUAGAAUAGCAAUCAAUUAAUUUAAAUAAUCAAGUAAUAUUACAAAAUAUAUACUUACCAGGUCGAACUCGUACGUGUUGUAUAUUUAUCUCGUCUUUGAAAUUAAACGGCUUAGGAAUCAA